UGACCGUUGAGUUUCCAUUGUUGCUAUUCACUGUAUAUGACGUCGUUCGGGAUUUCCCAAACUGUAGAACGUCGGCGCAUCAAUUUUUGUUAAUGUUAAUUUGGGUCAGACCAUCUGUCAUUCAGAAACCCAAUUAAGGUAUUUAACCUUGCAAUUACUUGAUGUCACAUCGUUUAAUUUCUAUAAAGUUAAUGGAGAAACACAAACAGUUACUUCGUGUUUACUUGUGCGGUGCACAUAGCACAGGUAAGACGACACUGCUUGGCGAUGUCGGGAAGGAACUACAAGGCAUCAAACAAGAGUCAGAGAUAGCAAGAAAUGUACUAGAUAGAAUGAGUGCAGAAGAAAGACACAGAGCUAUUGAUUAUAAAAACUAUCCAGGAGAGUUCGAAAACUUGCAGCGAUUAAUCUUGGAAAACCAAUGUGAAGUGGACAGACAAAACGCAAAUAAUGGAGAAGAUUACAUUGCAGACAGAGGAAUUGAUCCGAUCGUGUAUGCAGCAUUGUAUCUCGGUGAUGAGGCCAAAAAAUCGCUACUGGCAUUACCCAUCACGCAGGAGUGUAUACAAAGGUUCAAAAAUUCUUGUAUAUUUGUGGUGUAUCCUCACAGACAAUGUAUGAACGUGGACGGCAAGCGAAUCACACCAGUCUGGAAUGAACUUACACGAUUCACUGAAAUACUAAUCCAGAUCCUAAAGGAUUUCAAAAUUGAAUACAUUCCGGUAACCGUGUUAGAUCGAAGUAAACGAUGCAAAAUCGUCGUGGAUCAUAUAAAACAGCGUCAGUGUAAUAUUAGGCCAAAUGAAUAAUUAGGAUGUGCAGUGAUUUGAAGUACAAAUAGUAUGAAGGUCACUCCAAAAAUUGACAAGGACAUUAUUCCUGAUUAUGCUUAAAUAAAAGCGAAAACGUAGGAUAAAAUGGCCUUGUCAAUUUUUGGAGUGAAAUUUAUACUAAUGAAUAAUGUUUUAACAUUCGAUUUAAGGAAAACGUAUAUACUGUGGCGAAGCCAGAAAUUCUCAAACGAAAGGACCAUGGUCUCCGAUUUUGGGUAGGAGUCCAAAAUUAUCUGACUAGAGGACAAGUUUCCCGAAAGCAGGACUAAAAUGACCCGGCAGCCCCACCGUGUUUGGGCAAAUUCUCAGACUGCUUUAGGCUUGGAAUACUUCUUAAAAAGCGGUGUCCCCGACGAAAUAGUGAAUUGACUUCAUAAUAUUUGGAUGCACCGUUAGGUAUUGUCUAUAACGUGUUCCAUUUUGUAACAUUGGAUCUGAGACAACUAUACGUAACGCGUAGGUUGUGUUUUAUUGGAGGGUCUAUGGUUGCCCGACGUGAUGUGUUUACAUUAUUGUUUUUUUUUUUCCUCCCAUUUCCUUUAAAAAAAUGUGUAUUUUAGAAGUCCAAGAUAAUGUUUGAAAAGACCACUCUUUAAGCUUAUUAUAUUUUAAUAUGUUAUAUUUUAAUGCAUGGGUGGAAUGAUCUUUGGCUAUGAUCUGGGAUUAGGCUUUGAUCGAUAGUAACAUUAAAAGCUAAAAUCAAAAUACUGUAUGCAUAUGUAGAUUAGGCUACAACACAAAGUAAUGUAAAAGAAGCACAGCGUUUAAAUACUCAUUGAUAUAUCAUAUCAUAUUUUGUUAACAUUAAUUGUACAGGAUAUAUAUUAAACGAAAAUG